CCAACUGGACGCUGAUGGGCAGCCUGCUGGACAUGCUCUGGAAAGGGGGGCUCAAGCGGCAGCACGAGACGCUGGCAGACUACCAUAAAAAGUUCGGCAAGAUUUUCCGCAUGAAGCUGGGCGCCUUCGACUCGGUGCACGUCGGGGCUCCGUGCUUGCUGGAAGCCUUGUUCAGGAAGGAGAGUGCCUACCCGCAGAGGCUGGAGAUCAAGCCCUGGAAAGCCUACCGCGACUACCGGGGCGAGGGCUACGGCCUGAUGAUCUUAGAAGGGGAGGACUGGCAGAGAGUAAGAAGUGCCUUUCAGAAGAAGCUGAUGAAGCCCACGGAGGUGAUGAAAUUGGACUCCACAAUCAAUGAGGUCCUGCCAGAUUUCAUGCAGAGAAUAGAUGAUCUUUGCAAAAAAAAUGGUGAAAUGGAAGAUUUGUAUUCAGAAUUCAACAAGUGGUCAUUUGAAAGUAUCUGCCUGGUGUUGUAUGGGAAAAGGUUUGGGCUUCUGCAGCAGGAUGUUGGAGAAGAAGGCUUGAACUUCAUCAAGGCUGUGAAAACGAUGAUGGCUACUUUUGGGAUGAUGAUGGUGACCCCAGUUGAACUUCAUAAAAGUCUGAACACAAAAGUCUGGCAAGCUCAUACUAACGCAUGGGACAAUAUCUUUAAAACAGCGAAGCGUUCAAUCGAUAACAGACUGCAGAAACAUUCUGCCAACCCUACUGAAGAUUUCCUUUGUGACAUUUACUUCAGGGGCCAGCUUUCCAAGAAAGAGCUUUAUGCAACUAUUGCAGAACUUCAGAUUGCAGGAGUUGAAACGACUGCCAAUAGUCUACUGUGGGCCCUGUACAACUUUUCACGUAAUCCACAUGUCCAACAGAAGCUUCUCAAUGAAAUACAGAACGUAGUAUCUGAGAAUGAGAGUCCAAAUUCUGAGCACGUGAAGAAAAUGCCUUAUUUAAAAGCGUGUCUGAAAGAAUCUAUGAGGAUAACACCAUCUGUGCCCUUUACCAGUCGCACGCUUGACAAAGAAACUAGUGUUGGGAACUAUAUGCUACCCAAAGGGACAAUAUUGAUGAUAAAUAGCCAUGCUGUGGGAUCCAGUGAAGAGUAUUUUAGAGACUGGAAUCAGUUUAAACCAGAGCGCUGGCUCCAAAAUACCAGAAUAAAUCCUUUUUCUCAUGUUCCAUUUGGCAUUGGGAAAAGGAUGUGCAUUGGACGUCGCUUAGCAGAGCUGCAGCUUCACUUAGCCAUUUGCUGGCUCGUUCGCAAAUAUCGAAUUGUAGCAACCGACAAUGAGCCAGUAGAGACCCUGCAUUCAGGAAUACUGAUCCCCAAUCGAGAACUUCCCAUUGCAUUUCAAAGAAGAUGAGAUAAUCUACAGAAGAUGAAGGACUCCGCUACUGCUGCCUUCUCUGAGAACAGCAUACCACUAUUGGGAAUGACAAAACCUAUAUGCAAUGGCAAAACCAAUGGAGAAGUUGCAAGGGACAUGUCUCAAGUAAUGCACUGGUGACAGGGACAGCAAUGCAGAGUCAGUAAAAGCUCAGGUAGUUUGUGCUGACUCCACUAUCAAAGCUGGUAAAGCUAUCAAAUCUGGCAAGCUUGUCCAGCCUGCAAAUCUGAGCAAUAUUUUAACAUUAAUUGCCCAUAUAUUAACUGAGGGGCUACAUGGUUCAAGAGUUUGGUUCUGAACAGCAGAGCUCUGUACUUGGCCCUGGCUAGUAGAGUGAAAGUUGUUAAGGAUUGAGUUGGUCUCAAUCCCUGUGCAUUUUGCAGUGGAAACUACAAAAUAAUCGGGCAUGAAUUGGUCUUGUUUAGGGAUGAGAUGCACUGACAGGGCAGUGUGAGGGGAAAACGGCUGCUUGUUCUCUCCCAGUUUUAUACCUGUGCCAUGAAUUAAAGUGAAGAUUCCUGGCUGCCAUGUUGUCAAUCUGGGAUCAGUUUAAGAAAAGGAUUUCACAUUUUGGAAUUUUUUGCCCCUUUAAUUAUUCCAAGUUGCAGAUGAUAUGACUUAAAAACAAUUAAAAAAAAAAAAAAGCAAAAUGAUACCAAAGCCAUUUAGGUAAAAUUGUCCAUUGUUAUAACCGAGCUUCACUAUGAUGCCUACAUAAUACUUGAAAAUGUAUUUUCAAGCUGAUGGCCUGUGACUGCUACUACAUAUACUUAUGUAACUAUCUCACUACUGUCUUGUGCUUUAUCCUGCCCUGCAGCCUGUCUUGUCACAUCCUUAAAUUAUAAGUUGGUUUAAGUGACCAUUUUGUUGAAUAUGUGUAUAGCACUGAGCACUAUGGCACCCUGAUCUGUGACUGAGGUCUCUGGAUACUGUAACUAAUAUCUUAAAUGCCAAGUAUUUUGUAAAUAAUAUAAAAAGAAAUAUAUACCAAAGAACCACAUGCAAGAAGAGAUGUAAAUAUUCCAAGAAGAUUUUAUUGUGGAGAUCAUGCUUUAUAAACAAGUGUAUUUAAACUAAAAUUAGUGAAAGGUGGUAAUCAUACUUAUGUGAUAUAGCAGAAACAACAAUAGCUCGCUAUUUUCCAUGAAUGUACUUAAAGUGCAGGUCCUUUUUAAUACAGAGUUUGGAUAUUAUGUAAACUGUUAUAUUUUUAUAAAGGAAACUUUUUAUUUUUUAUUUUUUUAGUUUGUAUAGUUUGGAAUGGUAUAAAAUCUUAAUGUCUGUUUGGUUCCCGUUAAUGAUUGUUACAUUUAUGUUGUUAAAUAUACAUAGUAUAUAUAACAAUUUGUGUACUGCCUUUCUGGGAAAUGCUGUAAUAAAUACAGAAU